AUGCUGGAUAGCCAGUAUACAGCCGAGGGUGUCUUUCUUGAGGUCGUUGAUUCAGAUUGGGUUCUUGAUAUCUUGCCAUUUGAGGAUAUACAGGUAAACACCGACAUCUUGCCAACAUCCGAACCCGAAUUGGGUGCCACUUUGGACCCCAAUCAACAAAAUCCACUCGAGAAAAUCACUCGUGUUGAGUACGACUUGCAGUCCCUAUUGCUGCCGAGAAACCCAUCCCAAAGUGGGUCUGAAUCAACCUUCCUCGUGGAACGAGCUCGUAAACUUUCCUCCACAACUGAUCACAAAAUCGUUCACGUACUCUAUGCACAGCUUCGAAACACCCCUAACAGCUUUCUGAAGCCCUUUAUGUGGACUGGCCGCUUUUCCAGCAACAAAUAUGCACAUCAAUUCCCUCAAAGCAUGCUCAUACCUAUGGUCGGUCAAUGCAUCCUCAGUCAGCCUGAUUCCGAAUUGCUGAGUCUUCAUAGAAAGAUGGGGGAAAGUUUAGCGAUUAUAAACUUGGCUAUGGCCCUCCAUAGAACCGUAGUGGAUCUAUCAACUCCACCCUCCAAAUUAGCUAGUAACCCUACUUGGCUCGAAAAUAUGGAGUCAGGGAACAAACUUGCCGUUCUUUCUGGUGAUAUCUUAUUAGCUACAGCGUCACUUAACCUGGCCUCCUUUCGUAUUGUGGAGAUGGUGUCUAGUGCAAUAGCGGACGCUACGCGGGCAGAGUUUUCCGAUCUUAUGACGGUAUCACCCGACUCAAAUUCAGAGCUUGCCACUCUAUCAAAGCAGUGGCUUGAGCACAUAACAUUAAGGCGCGGUGCUCUGCUUGGUGAGUGUUGUGCAGCAACAGUGGUCUUAAAUUCGCCUUCUGCGGCAAUUUCCAACUCGUUGCUUCAAAGCGCCCGCAAUUUUGGAAGUGCCUGGGGCUGUCUUACUCGGCUUGUGGAGGAGGUAAAAUUUGUCAAUGAAGCUCAGUUGGAAAUCGAUGCUUCGGAAAGUCCAAAGUCAUUGACUUCUCUUGGCUUUACUGAAAGCGGCCUUCCAGAACCGACCUUGGCGGAUGUUUGUUGGGCGUCCUCGAGGGAUUUCGCUACAGUCGCUGAGCUUUAUAGGUCUUUGGCCGCUUCGCUUAUGAGUCAAUCGCGAGCAGCUUCCGAAAGGCUUUUGCAAUCUAGCGUAAUCAAGAAUGAUGUUUGUUGCCUUAUUGAAGAAUCUAAGGUCGAACAAUGGACCAAUGAGGGGCGUCGGCAGGAGGGAUCGACAACAAUUCAUGCCUCCCCUUGGCAUCGUCACAAAUUUGCCUGCUGUGAUGCCCGCUGGACGGAGGUGGAGUUUCCAGCUGUAAAACGUCCCGAGGCACCGAUGAAGCUUAUCUUGGCCACAGUGAUCUUCAUUUUAUCAGGCAACUUUGACUCCUGCAACGCAGGCGACAAAGACUUCAAAUUUCAGUCCUUUGAGAGGACAUUGAUCAAGCAGUUGCUGGAGAAGUACGAGAGACUGGGUAAAAUCGGGAGACCGGUGAUGAACAACAGCCAGACGUUGAAUGUGCAAUUUGGACUCUCGCUGUUCCAACUCAUGGACCUCGAUGAGGCUGAUCAAAUGUUCACGGUGAAUGUCUGGAACAAAUUUGCAUGGCGAGAUGAGAUUUUGACAUGGAAUCCAAAAAAUUACAACGAAGUGAAGCACGUCCGAAUCCCUGUGAAGCACGUCUGGACACCCGACAUAGUCCUCCUCAACUAUGCUGACGAGCGUCUGGUCGAGUUACGCGAGGUGAUGCUCACCGUGGACUACACGGGUCAGAUCUUCUGGAGUCCACCGUCCAUCUACAAAUCCAUGUGUCGUAUUCAGAUGGAGCACUUCCCAUUCGAUCACCAGAUCUGCUAUCUUCGGUUCGCGUCUUGGACGUUGAACGGUCGGAGACUGAAUCUCACCUUUUUGGAUGGGAUUAAAAGUGCUCUGCUCGACGAUUACCAGGAGAGCAACGAGUGGCACAUUGUGGCGUAUCCCGCAGUUCGCCGAUUCUUUCGACAGACGUGUUGCGAUGAGCCCUCCCCUAACCUCAUAUUCUUCUUCGUAUUGAAGCGCAACCCGGACUUUUACGCCUAUCUGCUCGUUCUCCCAUGCAUUUUACUAGCAGUGCUCAAUCUGGUGACCUUUUGGUUGCCUCCUCAAAAUCCUGCGAGGAUGAUGCUUGGGAUGAACAUCUUAUCGGGCUUUUGUAUUCAGAUGAAAUUCCUCACAUUGUCGACGCCGUCGGCCUCGAAUACAAUUCCCUACUUGGGUUACUACUACUGUCUCAACAUGGUCCUGAUAGCGAUUUUCACCUUCUUCUCGCUCAUCGCCGUUCAAAUUCACUUCCGUGAGGACCAAACUAAACCGUUGCCUUCGUGGCUGGCGGAGCUCGUGAAAAUGUCAUCAAGGUGGUUAGGUCUGCAGCCAGGUGUUCUGUGUCUUAGCAACCCUUCUCAUGCCGAGGAAAUCAACAUCAGCAAGAUAGAAAUGCGUUUGGCCAAGGAUCGACGACGUCGACGUGACUCCUUUGAGUCGCGCGCGGCAGCGGGCCAGAUGUCUGGACCCUGCUACUGCCAACAGCAGCAGCAUGUGCUCCAAAUGCAGACGUUGGCGCAUCGUCAACAGGCUCCAGUGACAGCACCUGCAACGACGACUGCUGGCAAACAACUAGAGACGAGUUUGAAGGAGAUCAAGAGGGCUCUGCGCAAUCUAAUGUACAAGUUCAACGAGAAGGACCAUGCUGCCCGCCUGGCCAGUGAUUGGGAAGCCGUGGGAAUGGUGGUAGACAGAUUUUGUUUUUGGGUUUACUUGAUUCUCAUCGUGGUCACAGGUAUGAUCACAUUGAUCCCACCGAUGCCCUACGUCUACGAAAGGGCCCUCAACGAAGAGGCACUCAUCCAGCGCUUCAAAGAACUCGCCAAUCACGUAGACUCCAUCGACUAUGUCUAG